AUGAACUUUGUGAACCUCAGCAGAGCUACAGAUUGGGUGCAGGUGAUCAAUACACUCCCUUCUUUGCAACAGCUUCAUUUUCAAAAUUGCAGUCUUGGUUACAUAUCUUCUCUGAGUUAUAUCAACAUCACUUCAUUAACUCUUCUCGAUCUCUCAUCCAACAACUUCCAUUCCAUCGAGGUCCCAAAAUGGAUAUUUGGGUAUCACAAUCUUCAUUUUCUUGAUCUAAGGAACAACUCUUUCAUAGGUCCAAUUCCUGCUAACAGUAAUGCCACCAAGUAUAUUGAUCUCUCUUUCAAUUUUUUAAACUCCACAGUUCCAAGUUGGCUCUAUUCUUGUAUAGAUUUGGAGUCUGUUGUUUUGGAUUUCAACUUCCUUACUGGUGCAGUUCCAGCAGGAUUUAAUAACUUGUGCAGAACAAGAAGGUUGUCCUUAUCCAACAAUAAUUUCCAAGGAAAUAUAUCUGAUUUAUUUGGAAAUAUGUCGAAGUGCUUCUUGGAGGCAUUGGAAGUCCUAGAUUUAAGGUUUAAUCAAAUCUCUGGUCAGUUGAUAGAUCAACUAGGAGAGUUUAAGAGACUUGAAUAUCUUAAUCUCAACAAGAAUUUAUUAACUGGUCCAAUUCCAGCCAGCAUGGGAAAGUUGUCAUCUUUGAAAGUUUUGGGCUUAGGUUAUAACAAACUAACACAAAACCUUCCUCAUGGUUUGGGCCAACUUUGUAAUCUUAAAGGAUUUUAUAUCUUUGAUAACAAGCUUGAAGGAGUAGUGACUGAAACUCUCUUUGCAAAUCUCACUAAACUCGAGAUUUUCUCAGCUUCUAACAAUCAGUUGAGUUUGAAUGUAAGCAAAAGUUGGAUUCCCCCCUUCCAACUUAUUGUUCUUGGACUAGGAUCAUGGAGCUUAGGCUCUGGCUCCAAGAUUCCUUCAUGGCUUGAGAAGCAGAAGAAUCUCUCGAAGUAUCUGGAUCUGGCUGGUACUGGAAUCUCAGGUAGUAUUCCAAGCUGGUUUUGGGAUACUCAGACCUUGAAUCUCUCCCAUAACCAUCUUCAAGGAGAGCUCCCAGAUCUCAGUGGCGUUGCUCUGUGUAUAUACUUGAGUUCUAACAAAUUCGAAGGCCCAUUGCCUCGAGUUGGAGAUGCUUUAAAGGAGCUUGAUCUGUCCAAUAAUUCAUUCUCCGGAGGCCUAGCCCACUUUCUAUGUGAUGAGACAUAUCCAACAUAUUCGUUGGAGAUUCUUCAUCUGGGAGAGAAUCUAUUAAGUGGGGAACUGCCAGAUUGUUGGAACAAAUGGCCUUCUUUGAGAUAUCUGAGCCUACGCAAUAACCAAAUGCAUGGAAGCAUUCCUACUUCUAUUGCAUUUCUUGCAAAUCUGGAAUCUUUGAAUCUUCAAAACAAUAGGUUCUCUGGGGAGAUACCUUUUGCAAUGCAUAACCGCAUUAAGCUGGUGAAGAUUGGGCUUGCAGAUAACAACCUUGAAGGGAACAUACCUGUGUGA